CCUUGAGACUUGGGAUCGAUCAUCCAUCCUGCUUUCGCUGCGAUCCUGCGCGCUCGCCGAUGGGAAAGGUGAAAAAGGCGCACUUGAAGAACAAGAAGGCCAAAGCCAAAGCCAAGGCGAAAGGAAAUGAGGAAGACAUGGCGGUGGAGAGGAAAGAGUCCAGGCAUGACAUGAAGAUGCGGCACACAGCGGAGCGCAAAGCUCUGCAGGCGCGUGUGGCAGACCUGAAGCGCCAGCGCAAGAAGCUGCCGAAGUCCAAGAAGAAGGAUGAGAAGAAGGCGCUGAGUGAGGAGAUCAAGGUGAUGACCAGCGAGCUACAAAAGCGGCAGGCUGCAGAGCGUGAGCAAGCCCAGGAUGCAGGGCGUGACGACUCUGAGGAGAUAUCCAAUGAGGAAUUUGAAGACGACUUCUCGGAUUAA